AUGGAGGUUUGGUUGGGAAAAUGGUUGAGGUGCUUCGGUGAAGAUGAGCAACGAGGUUGUGUUGGCAAGAGGAUGAACGAAUGUGUCAAAGCUUCUUCCUGUUCUUGUUCCUCUCAUUUCUCCAACCCUUCUUCCUCCCAUGAAUUCAAAAACCUCAAAACCAAAACCUCUUCUUCUUGUGCUCUCGUCAAGGCCAAACCCUCAAACACCGCCAAGGUGGACCACACCUUCACCACCAUGGUUAAGAAGUUCAUGGACAGGAAACCCAAAUUCUCCUCCUCGACUGUCGCCACCACCACUAGGUGGCUUAUUCCCUCCAAUUUGCUCGCAAAGGAUUUGAAGAAGGAUGUGAAGAAAGUGGUGGGGUUCUCCGUGCUGCAGAAGAAGCUCAUUGGAAAGGGCGCUUCAGAGAAGAAGGAGAAGGUGAAGGCCUUGACCGAGGUGAAGAACAACACUAGGACAUUGGCCAUGGUGCUCAAGAGCGAGAAGGAGUUUCUCAACAUCAACAAAGAGUAA